GCUGGAACGAGGGGAAGAGCCGUGGGUCCCACACCUCCAGGGCUCUGAGAAAGAAGUGCUCCCAAGAGGUGCCUGCACAGGUGAUGGGAUGGUGAGUGAGAAUGAGGAGGAGAAACCCCAGCAGGAAGAUGCUGAGCAAGUAGAACCACAUGGGACGUUACCAGGAAGCUCCAAAGGGAAUGUUUCCGGGAGCUGUGCACUCCCAGAAAAAGCAAAAGCCUGUGAGACUCAGCACAGGCCAGAGGAAAACUUCAGUAGCCACUCAAACCUUAUUACAUGUGAGAGAAUCAACUUGCAAGGGACACGCUACAGAUGCCAUAAGUGUGGGAAAAGCUUCAAUCGGAGCUCAACCCUUCUCACACAUUGGAGAACCCACACUGGCGAGAAACCCUACACGUGCUCUGAGUGCGGGAAAAGCUUCAAUCGGAGCUCUGCCCUGAUCACACAUCGGAGAAUCCACACUGGUGAGAAACCUUAUGCAUGCUCUGAGUGUGGGAAAAGCUUCAGUCAGAGGCCACACCUUACCGCACAUCAGACAAUCCACACGGGUGAGAAACCUUAUGAAUGCUCUGAGUGUGGGAAAUGCUUCAUUGAUAGUUCAACCUUCAUCUCACAUCAGCGAAUCCACACAGGAGAGACGCCCUAUACAUGCUCUGAGUGUGGGAAAAGCUUUAAUCAGCACUCACACCUUAUCACACAUCGUAGAAUCCACACAGGAGAGACGCCCUACACAUGCUCUGAGUGCGGGAAAAGCUUCAAUCAGAGCUCAAACCUUAUCAAACAUAGGAGAAUCCACACGGGUGAGAAACCUCAUGGAUGCUCUGAGUGUGGAAAAUGCUUCAUUCAUAGUUCAGCCCUCAUCUCACAUCAGAGAAUCCACACGGGUGAGAAACCUCAUGGAUGCUCUGAGUGUGGGAAACGCUUCAGUGAUAGUUCAGCCCUCAUCUCACAUCAGCGAAUCCACACAGGAGAGAGACCCUACACAUGCUCGGAGUGUGGGAAAAGUUUUAGUCGGCGCUCAGCCCUUAUCACACAUAGUAGAAUCCACACAGGAGAGAAACUCUACACGUGCUCUGA